GUUCUUCACGAUGUUUAACUGCUGUCAGGCAAAUGCUGACAACCAGGCCGAAGUUGUAGAUGCUACGCUUCCUCCAAGAAAGGAGGCCCCUUUUGGACAAGAAUCCAGACCUUUGCACACGUAUCCGAACGGGUCCACCUUCACUGGAGAGUGGCUUGGUCCCCAUCGACAUGGUCAUGGCUUACAGGUGUGGCCCGAUGGUGCUCGAUAUGAAGGUCAGUGGGAGAAUGACAAAGCUCAUGGCUUUGGUCGUUUCGAACACACCGAUGGAGACAUCUACGAAGGAAACUGGUUAAACGACAAAGCUCACGGCAAAGGCACCUACACUCAUGCAAGUGGAUCAAAGUUCAGUGGUGAGUGGCAGGACGACAAGCAGCACGGUUUUGGUGAAGAGACUUGGCCGGACGGAGCCAGAUACGUUGGCGAAUACGAACAUGGUCUGAAGUCGGGCCGCGGAGAUUUCACUUGGGCAGAUGGGUCCAGCUAUUCAGGACAAUUUUUCGAGAACGACAUACAUGGAUCAGGAAAGUAUAGUUGGGAGGAUGGUCGCGUCUACGAAGGUCAAUGGGACAGGAAUCGUAUGCAUGGCCAUGGCAAGUUCAGAUGGGCAGAUGGCCGCGUCUACGAGGGUGGUUAUGUCAACGACUCCAAGGAAGGUCAUGGCACCUUCAGCUGGCCAGAUGGUCGUUCGUACCAGGGGCAAUGGUCAGAAGGAAAACAGCAUGGUGAAGGCGUUUUUACAAACCAAAGAGGCGAGAAGAAAGGUGGAGAAUGGGUGCACGGCAAGCGACAGGCAUGA